AACAUCGAUUUCUCGAGCGGUGGAGGAAUCGAUCGGUGACGUCGAAAGGACGCGACCCGCGGCGAGCGGGGCGAGGUGGUGGAGGGGUCCCCGACUGAGGAGAGUUCUGGAAACGGGGUCGGGCGUGGGGGGGCCCCCCUAACAGCAGCGCCAGGUGAUAAAACCAGCAAAUGGAGGGUACCGUGUCCCCACCAUCACCUCCGUCAUCAUCGCCACCAUCGUCACCAUCGUCGUCGUCGGAGGAGGAGAAAUUCCUCCACGUCUCCGCCCACGAUGUGCUCGACCUGGAUGAGCAACAGGCGUCCGCAGAGGACACGGGCCGUCGGGAGGAGAAGGAGCAGGAAGGGUCCAAGUCGGUAGAAUGCGCGGGGGGAGAGGAGGAACGGCGCGACCCCAGCGAUGAGGUGGUUCAGCCCACUGACGACCGAGGAGUGGAGUUGGAGGAUGACGAUGAUGACGACGACGAUGCAGGAAUGCCCCCUCUCGAAGACACGAAGCCGUUGGCUAGCGGCAGAGAAACGCCGCCAUCCCACGAAGACGGAGAUGGUAAAGCUGGAGAUUCCGGCCAAGUCCCAGGGCCCAGACCGGAUCCCGCAGGAAACACAGACUCCACCGCCGCCACCGCCGCACUUGACCAGUGCAUGGACGUGUUGGGUAACGGGCUGCUCAAGAAGAAGGUGCUCAGGGAGGGGCAGGGAGACGAGUCGCGGCCGCGGCGGCGACAGGAAGUCACGAUGCGGGUGAAGAGCAUGCUGGGAGACGGCACAGUGGUGGAUGAGCAGGAGGCGCUGCGCUUCACCAUCGGAGAUGGAGACGUCAUCCAGGCCUUGGAUCUUUGUGCGGAGCUGAUGGCCUUGGGGGAAGUCGCCGAGAUCACGACGGAUGCCAAGUACGCCUAUGGAGCACUGGGCAGCCUCGGGGUGCCGGCGGUACCGGGCGGCGCCACGCUGGUGAUGGAGGCGGAGCUGGUGGCGGUGAGCGACGCGCUGGACGCGGGCUCCCUCCCCGUCGACGACCGCGCCGCCCUCGCUCACCGCAAGCGCGAGCGCGGCAACCACUACUUCCAGCGCGGCGACUACACGCACGCCAUCGCCUCGUACGACCGCGCCAUCAAGAUCGCCGACACGGAGAGCUCCGUGGCGAGUAGCGAAGACGAGGACCGCUCCCCGCUGCUCGACGUCAAGCUCAAGUGCCUCAACAACGUGGCGGCCGCGCAGCUGCGCCUGGACCAGCGCGACGCGGCGCUGAGGUCGUGCGAGGCGGCGCUCGCCCUGCAGCCCGACAGCGUCAAGGCGCUCUUCCGCAAGGGCAAGGUUUUGGCACUGCAAGGGGAGUUCUCGCAGGCCGCAGACACGCUCAGGAGGGCCCUCAAGCUUGAGCCGUCGAACAAGACGAUCCAGGCAGAGCUGCACAAGCUCAGGAGGCAGCGCAGCGAGCAGCAGGCCGAAGAAAAGACGCUGUACAAGAAGAUGCUGGGCAACAUGGCCGUGCCUGCCGACGAUGCGGAGCGCGGGAAGCCGGGCUCCUGGGGCCUCCCCUGGAAGUGGGUUUUCGGAGCGGCCACAAUCGCGCUGGGAAGCAUCAUCGUCUCCAUCAUCGUGGCAGCCAGGAGCUAGGUGGCGGCACCUCAACGCUCCCCAUACGAACCUCCUCGACUGCUCCACAAUCGCCCUGCGGCCCCUCCACGAGGGGGUAAACCCUUGCCUUCGGUACCAUCCCCCCCCAAACCCUCCGCACCCUCCACCAAGCACCUGACACCCUCCCGCCACACCCCACCCCACCCCUGAUUCUCCUUGCCCUGUCCGUCGUAUCGAGGUAAACUCGGGGGCCCCCCCCCAUGGCAUCCGUCUGCAGGUACCAGCAAUGGCCAAAAUAUCUGUUGCUGCCGGCCACGCUGUCUUGAGCGGAGGGCGAGUUGUUGGGCAGUGCGUGUUUCUGGUGUUCGGCGUGGUAUCCGACGGGAGCGCUUGGUGGCGAAACGUCGGACAUUGUGCCGAAUUUCGAUUUAAAGCUUUCGUGACUGCAGGGAUUCAUCUUCUUGGUUCUUUCGGUAAAGUCACGUGGAAGGGAAAUAAUAAAAUAAUAAAAAUAAAACAUAAUAAAAUUUCGAUUUAAAGCUUUCGUGACUGCAGGGAUUCAUCUUCUUGGUUCUUUCGGUAAAGUCACGUAGAAGGGAAGUAAUAAAAUAAUAAAAAUAAAACGACGUUUCGGCCACAACGCAAACCAGGUCUGUCGAAGGCGACAGCGUCUCGACAGACCUGGUCUUCGCCUGAGGACGGUUGCUUGCGUUGUGGCGGAAACGUCGUGAGAAUUAUUUUAUGUUUUAUUAUUUUAUUACUUCCCUUCUACGUGACUUUACCGAAAGAACCAAGAAGAUUGUGACGAAUGACAAAGCACAUCGGAGAGCCGAGCAGCACGACUGCGAUCAUCCCCGCGGUGGGUUUUUAACUCUUUGUCUUCCCGCUUCGGAACAUUUUCGGAAGUCUCGGCACGUGGGUCGUUGUGGAGUGGGGUUGUCGAGGUUCCAGCGCGUGUUCUUUAACUUCGCCGCUUCACAAUCGUUUGUCAGUUGGUUCUUGUCUUGCGAUAAAUUCCUUGAAUAAUACGACGAUAAUGAUAAUUACCUUUUAUUGUUAACCUCGGCUGUAACGACGCGGUGGGACACCGCCCAGAACUGAAUAUUUCACUAUUUCCUGGGUCCGCUGGUAAGACCGGAGGAGGUGGCGCUUGACUUGGUAUUCGCCACAAUCCGCAGCCGAAGGUGUGUACUGGAUGUGGUGUGCCGGGUGUGGAAAUAUUUUCCGGGGUCUUCGACUUGGGGGCAGAUGCGGCCAAAAUGAAUCCCUGGACUCUAGAGCAGAAUGCGGAGAUCGUACAAUUCUGGCUCUCUGGCUUAUGUGGCUCCAUGUGUGGCUCCGAAAAGUGAUUAUUCCAGAAGCCAACCUCUAAGGCAAUAAUAAUCAUCUGCUUCCUGCUGCUGCUGCUGUAAUAACGUAUGCAUGCACGGUCGUCGUCGUUUAACUAACCGUGUUAGUGGGGGUGGCAGCAACGUUAUUCGUGCCUCGGUUAGUAUCGAGCACUAAGGUUCACGAGGACACAUGGGCAUCUACGGAUCACGCGUGGCAGAAUGGAUGUCGUAUUUUGGAUCGUGUGAUUAUUGGAUCUGCGUCCCACUAGAGGCAGCUGUAAAUGUCAGCCGAGUCGCUUCGCUGAAUUGGGUGUCGCGACGGAUUUAUGGGAUUGUCCCACCCCGAAAUCUCUAGUGCGUGCUUUGUGUUGUGAUGACGCACACCCCAAGUGCACCUUCCUUGUACUUCACAUGCAACCCAAGUAACUUUUACCCACCAAUGCGCCCAUGUCUUGAGUCGAUUCAAGUCUGAAACCGCACGGAACACAUUGUUUUAGAGAAUAACACGAAAGUGAAUCAAAUUCUCAAGUAAAAAAAAAAAUCUACGGGGCAAGCUGGUUCAGUCGUAAGGAACGCUUGCAAGCAUUUUUCAGUCCCAUCGAACCAGCGGCAUAGCUGUUGAUUGUGCCAGGCUCUGAAGAGAGGGAUUAGGAUGGGACGGGGGGUUGGGCGGGGGGGAUUGUGCCCAUUUCAUUCCUUGUAUUGGAGGCCGAUGAGUUGAACAAAACCAAGUAUCCUGAUUGCAAAUGUGAAUCUCAACAAGAGUGGGACCGGGUCCGCGUGAAACGCCCCUUCACGUGACGCGUUCAACAUUACUCCGGUGUAAAGUUCGUCGGAAAUUCUACCGAUUGGGCCCCUGGGCGUCUUGCGUGACCAGACUUUAUCUCUGUGGUCUGGGGGUGUGAGGUUGAGGGACUAAGUUAUAACCAGGAUCGAGUCGAGCCUGGUCAAUUGUCCACCCAUCCCACCGGCGGUCAUCUGCACCCGACUCUGGGUGCAGAUGACCCUGGGUGGCCCCCUUGAAGAGAAUCUUAACGCCUCCCGGCGCUUCACCAAAGUUGCUCGAACUGCAGCGCAGAGGUCGCAACCGGGUACCCGAUACCCGUACCCUACCCGAUACCCGGCCGGGUACGGGUAGGGUACGGGUACGGCCGGGUACGGGUACCCGUUUACGACCCUGGUGCGGCCGGGUACGGGUAAGGAAUCAAAACCCGUUUGCGACCUCUGCCGCAGCGUUCCAGAGGACGGAUGUCUCCGAUUUCCCCGUGGCUGCUCAUGGUACCAAUUUCCUGGUCAUCGCCCCCCACCCCCCCAUUCUCCCCCCCCACCACCAAAAAAUUUAAGACCAAACUUUUUUUCCACCGUUUUUUUUUGCAAGCACAUACGUGUGUCUGGGAAAUUAAAGAGGAUUACUAGUUAUUGUGUCGCGUCCUAUUUAACGUUAAUACUAUGAAUGAUCUGUAUAAAUGUUUAUCGAAUUAUUUGGAAAUAAAUUAAUUACAUAGUCUGUG